AUGGAGCAGGCUACGGCAGCAAUGGAUUGGGAGGAGCCGCUAGCGCACGAUGCGCCGGAAUCCCACGGAAACCGGUUGGAUGCUACGGCCCCGCUGAGAGAUGACCCCGUAUUGUCGUCUCGCGGCUCCUUC